AUGAAUACUGUGUGUCCAGGAUUUGUGCCUCACCAUGUCAAACCGAACCGCUGUAGGCGGUGCUUCAAAGACCUCCACGACCACGAAUCGAGCAACGAAGUGACGACCAGCUUCACUCUUCCCUUGCCACGACGACGAAGGGAAUCAGUGGCUGUCACAGAAACUCCGAAGCCGGAAGAAGCUGCUGUUGCUGACCAAUCAGCAAGUUUCACGAUCACAGAAACCACCUCCUUGGGACGCCGCACUCGACAGAGGUCCUCAUCCACGUCGAGUUGGUUCCAAGAGAAAAAGGUAGACGAAGAUCAGCGACAAAAGAUCGAUUCCCUAUUUAGGAAUGCAGACGAUUCCAGCACGAGGUACAGAGACACUUCGGACAGUCAGAGCGUGGAGACUGUGGCUGUCGUUCGCCUUCCUGAUCCGUCCAGGCGAAGGGGUUACACGGACAGUAAAGAAACUACAUCUGUAAAUAGGACUAACGACAAAAAUGAUUCGUUCAUUAGCAAAAACUCUGUCACAUCAACCGUCGAAUCAAAAUCUUCUUUUAGUAAACCGUCCGAUGUUAAUCUGAAAAGUGCGAAGUCAAUUAGUGACAAACAUGAAGAAUCAAAUCAUAAACCUCCUGAAAUACCGCCCAAAACGAUGGAAAACAGAUUUGACUUUCUCAAAAAGACCGAUUCCACAAAGAUAGAAAAGAAAGAGACGGAAAAUAAAAUUCUCGAUAGUAAGUUUUCAAAAUUUGGUUCUACGAAGACUUCAGAGACUGAUUCCUUAAACAGAAGCAGUAGCUUUAGGUCAAAAUUUGAACCCCAAAAAGAAAGUUCCUCAGCGAAGACUUCAGAGACUGAUUCCUUAAACAGAAGCAGUAGUUUUAGGUCAAAAUUUGAACCCCAAAAAGAAAGUUCUUCAGCAAGUGAUUCUAAGUCUACAACAGAAAAGAAAACAUUUGAAUCAAGAUUUGGGUCUCAGAAAGAAAGUUCCUCAACGAAGACUUCAGAGACUGAUUCUUCAAACAGAAGUAGUAGUUAUGGAUCAAAAUUUGAUUCUCAAAAAGAAAGUUCUUCAGCAAGCGAUUCCAAGUCUACAACAGAAAAGAAACCUGAAAAGAAAACAUUUGAAUCAAAAUUUGGUGAAAGAAGGCCAGUUGAGUCGAAGUUUGGCGAAGUAAAAUUAAGAGAUACAAAGUUUAGCGAGAUUAGAGCAAGAGCUUCAAAAUUUGAAUCUUCCACUACAGAUUCAAAAUCCAAAGACAUUAGUACAAAAGCAGAAAAAACUGCGGAUAUCAAAGGAAAGGAUUCUUCAUCAGAUGUUUCUAAAACAGGUAAUUUUCAAACCAAAGAACCAGUAAAAUCUGUCGAAGAUAAGCCAAAAGAGGCUGUAAAACCUGUUUUAGCAAGAUUCGGUGGAUUGAAAAGUUCAGAACCAGCAACGAAACCUCAACUUUCCCCUGUAGCACCAAAAUCGGCUGCAACGCCGAAAUCAACAUUUUCAUUGCCUUCAAAAACACCGGAAGUCACUACACCAGUCAAAUCGCCACAAGUCACUACACCUGCCAAACCGCCACCAGUCGCUAAAGCAAAAGAGCCAUCUUCAAGCAGUGAAGAAGAAGAAAGUGAAAGUGAAUCUGAGGAAUCUGAUGAACCUGCUGCGAAGGUAGUUCCUAAACAAAUACCAAAGGAACCCGAGAAGAAAUCUGUGGCCGAUGUCAAAAAAGUGGAAACUAAAGAAAUAUCACCGAUUUCGACGAAAGCACAAAAAGAACAAGAGAACAAAAUGAAAGAACUGGAGAACACAUUGGAACAGCUGAAAAAGAAACUUAAAGCCAGCGAAGAGACAAUUCAGCGACUGGAACGGGAAAAGUCCGAUCUUCAGAAAAGGCAAACAUCGCAGUUGGACAAGGACAAAGAAACCUUAGAGAAGACGCAACUAGAGAUAACGAAACUUAGAAGCAAGCUAGCUGAGAUACAAUCUUCGCAGGAUGACAUCAAGAACGAAAACAAGAAACUGAAGCAGGAGCUUAAAGACAACAAGCAGGAACUUAAAGACAGCAAACAAGAGCUUAAAGACAGUAAGCAAGAACUUAACAAGACCAAGCAGGAACUCAGCAGAAAGGAAACUGAGUGGAGUAAGAAGGAAUCAGAAUGGACCAAGAAAGAUUCUGGGCCGGAGAGAUCAAAGCCAUUGGUUGAGCAACUGAAACAGAAGCUUGCUCAGUCAGAAGCUCUUUGUGAGGAGCUCAUGGAAGAAAAUGAAGAGAUCAAAAAAGAGGUUCGAGAUCUGGAGCAGGAGUUGGAGGAACUCCAUGACAACUUCCGGGAAGAUCAGGCUUCGGAAUUCCGUGGCCUGAAGAAGGAAUUGGAAACGGCAACCAAGAACUGCCGAGUCUUGCAGUUCAAGCUGAGGAAGGCCGAGAAGAAAUGCGAGCUGUUGGAACUGGACAGACACAGUUUGGACGACAAGGUUCGUGAAUACCAAGCAGCAGUUCGACAAGACGUGGACCGCAGCAAGUUAAAGGAGCUGGAACGUGAGCUUAGCCUGUCCAAGAAUCUAACCAGUAGCUUGACCACCGAGCUCGAGGAGAUGAAAGAAGCGCUUCUCAGGUCGGAGGCGGAGAACGAGAUGCUUAAACAACAGGGAGGCGGGGCAAGGAGCGUCACGCCCACAUCUCAGAGCCGCCUAUCGCCUGUGGUGAAGGAGAGCCUCUUGGGCAAGGACUAUGCAGAGACGCUGAGCAGAGAGUUGCACGACACCAUGGAACGAGAGAGCGACUUGAGGGAGCAGUUGAAGUUCAGCGAAGAAGAGGCAAGGACAGCCAGGAGGAAGAUAGGAAACCUGGAGCAGGAGAACGAGACCCUCAUGAUGCAGAUCAAGAAGCUGACCAGUCUCGUCAGGGGGAGGAAGGCCGGACAGAAAGAUGAGGAUGCCGAGGAAGAAGAAGAGGUAUCUGCAGAAAAUCUUAAGAUCCAGCUUGACCUACAGGAGCAGGAAAUGGGAGUGCUGAGGAGGAAGUUGGACGACACAGAGAAAGAAAACGAGAAUCUGCAGUCGGAGGUCAAGUACCUGCAGAACAAAGUCAUCAAUCAGCCCCUUAUUGAGCUUCCGGAGCUGCCGAAGGAUGCCGGAAGCCCGGGGGUUUACUGGGAGCACAAAGUCCGGCUCCAGGAGUACGAGAUCCGGGAGACUCGCCAGAAACUGAUUGAGAAGGAGAGGGAAAUCGAGCGACUCCAGACGGAGGUGGAGAUAUACAGGAAGAAAGCCUCCAAAAUGAUGGUCCGCAGCAGGUCGCUCGACAGUGACCUCCAGGUCGACCUCAAGAGACAGCUUCACCUUGUCGAACAGGAGGCCACAAUGCUGAGGCAAAAGGUGAACAGCCUGGAGUCUGAAAAUGAGAAGUUGAGCACCGAGAACAAGAGGAUGACGUUGCGCCUAAGUAAGAAGCCGCCGCCAUCAUCGGCGGAUAUUCUCCAAAUGGAGAACAUGGAGCUGAAGCAGAAGCUGGAGGAACAGCAAAGGAAACUGGACACCAUGAGGCAAGAAUUGGAGAAAGCAGCAACUGAGAGCCCAGUGGCCAUCUUGCAGGAUUACAAGCCCCGAAGGGAGAGCUUGACCUCUCUGGAGAGUGAAGCGGAUCUCAUCGCCUCUUUGAAGAAGCGCCUUCGCAGCAAAGACGACGAACUGCAGGCCCUGCAGAGCAAGGCCCAGCAGUUGGAGACCGAAAACGGACGCCUGGCACGGGAUUAUAAGCGCCUCAAGGACAGCAUAGGCACUAAGAAGAAGUCGACGAGAGUGGUACGGGAUUCCUCAACUCGCCAAGAGCUUCGAGAAAUCGUCAGCGAGUUACAAGAUGAGAUCAAUGAUUUGCAAGUGAACUUGCGAAGCAGAGAAGUCGUCCAGGAGGAUUUAGAGGCGGAGAUGGAAAGGGUGCGUAAGGAUCUGAGAGACGUCACGAAGGAGUUGAAGCAGAAGGAGGAGCGACUGCAGCUGGAGGUGGACAGAGGGAAGCGUGAGAAAGAUGCCCUCCAGAAAGAGGUUGAAUCGCAGAAGAACCGAGCGGCCACUGCCGAAGAGCAGCUCCAUCAGCUUUCGGGGCAAGGCGCAGCUGACCAGGCGCGGAAUCUCUCGAAGCUGCGCGCCGACAGAGAGGAGGCGGAGCGCCGAGCCCGCGCCGCCGAAGAGCAGCUCGAGAAGAAGACGCAGAGGCUGAGGGACACCCAGGAGAAACUGAACGCCACCACAGUCCUCAAAGAGGACAUGGCCCGGUCCAACAGGUUGCUGGAGUCCCAGAAAGCGGACCUCGAAAAGGAGGUUGACGAGCAGCGCAGUCUUCUGAUGAAAGCCGAGGCUCGAGCUGCAGAAUUGCGCAGUCAGGUGGAGAAGAACGACAGAGAUUUGACGUCUCUGAAGAAGGAGUGCAACCAGCUUCGAAACGAGUUAGAGGAUGAGCGCAGUCGUCUGAAGGAUAAGCGGCAGUCGGAAGUAGAUCACGUCUGGAACAGAGAGAGGGAGGAUUUGAGGAGGACCAUCAACGAUCUCAGGAACAGGAUGGAACAGCUUCAGCAGCAGAUCACAGAGAACGAGAAAAAUUACAUUGAAAAGGAGUCACGCCUUCGGGAGGACUUCAAACGCAAGAAAGACACUGCUGUCCGAGAGACACGAGAAAAAGGAGAGGCUGCCUUGGAACUGGCUCGGGAAGAGGAGAAGAUCCUAAGGGGCAAGGUGCAGGAGCUCACAGACAAACUGGAGAAGGCGGAGACUUCCCUGCGCGAGUCGUCCGACAAGCUGCGCAAGGCGGCCUCCGAGCUCCGCCGGGAGCGCGAGGAGUGGGCUCAGGAGCGCGAGCGCCUGGAGACGGAGCUGCGGCAGGAGGAGAAGCGCAGGGAGCGCGGAGAGCGAGAGCAGGAGCACCAGCUGCGCCUCAGGGACGAGGAGGUGCUGCGCGCCAAGGAGCGCGUGGUGGCGCUCGAGAGGGAGCAGAGGAGGACGCAGAUGAGGGCCGACGAGGCGGACGAGCUGCAGCUCAAGCUCAAGGCCACGGAAGGUGACCUCCAGAAGAUGAAGGAGGAGUACGAUCACCUCACGUCUAGGUAUGAUCAAUUGGAGGAUGACUUCGUGAAGACGAAGGCCGGGCUGGUACAGGAGAAGGAAGUGGCCGAAAACACCGUCAGUAAGCUGAGGCGGGAAGUGAACGAGCUUCAGUUCGAGAUGACUUCCACCAAGGACACUUACAACAGCAGACAAGACGCCUGGAUUAAAGAGAAGCUUGACUUGCAGGAACGAAGUAAGGAACUGAGCCGACGUCUUGAGAGAUUGAAGUCAGUGGAGCAGGACCGUCGCCACCUGCAGGAUUUGGUGGAAGAGAAAGAGACCCUGAUCGAGUCCUACAAGAAAGAAGAAAAGCAUCUCAAGGAGGAAAGAGAACGACUCAGGAAACAGGUGGAGGAGCUGAACAAGGCGCUGGACCGACCCCUGUCUUUCCACGCGAGCAGCGAUUCGGAGGACCGGACUCAAGCUGACGUGAGGCGGGAGUACGAGGGCCGCAUGGCCCUGAUGUCUUCCGAGAUGGCGAGCAUGCAGGCCCAGAUAGCCAGCCUGGUGGCAGAGAGGGACGAACUCAAGUCCAGGCUCGGCGCGGAGGAGAGGCAGGCGGAGGAGGCGAGGACGGGAUCGCUCAAGAGGGAGAGGGCACGACACAGAGAAGAGGCCGAAGCUGCCCGACGCAAGGUCCAGGAGCUCCGAUAUCAACUGGAGGACGUCCGAGAACAGCUGGAUGACUCCGUGCUGGAGAACAAGAACCUCAAGUUGCAGAUGGAAACUGACAAGAACGCUGCAGAAAUCCAGACCGCGGAACUCAAAUCCAAGAUCAAUCAGCUGGAAGAACAGAAGAUGCUGGAGUCUACGCGCGGCCAGACGCGCAGCAUCGCCAAGACGCGCCUGGAGCUCGCGUGGGAGAAGGAGCGCGGGGAGUGCCAGGCGCUCCUCGGGGAGACGCAGCGCAUGGCGGCGGAGCUCAGGAGCCGGCUGGAGCAGGCGGAGAAGGAGAGGGAGCGCGAGAAGCAGGCGGCGCGCAGGCAGAUGCUGGAGAUGCGCGGGUCGGCGGAGAAGGAGCGCGUCGAGGGGCGCAGGAAGAUGAGCGAGCUCCACAGCAGCCUCCUGGAAAUCCGGGAAUCCCACGCCAAACUCCGAGGCCUCUCAGAUCGCAUGAAGAAAGAGCGGGAGAUCCUGCUGCGGGAGAGGGAGGAGUGGAGGCAGAGGUUCCAGGCGGCGCAGCAGCUCCACAACACAGCCAAGGACAUCGGAGAGCUUAUGGAAAAAGUAUAUUCCGAAGUUUCAACGAAGGACGAAAAAGCAUCGUUUAGCCCCGACUUCAAAAACAAUGUACAAAAGGUAAAAGAUAGCUUAGCUGAGCUUCUCAAAUGUUCGGCAGUUCUUAAAGAUGACGAACGCAUGAAAAGGACUACAUCAUUCCGAAGAGCCGUUUCAGCUCAAGAAGUUAACGAUCCAAUUCAGCGGUGGAACAACCCGCAACGUGUCACAGAUUACCCUCUGGCCCCGCCCAGUAUGAUCAUCCGCCCGCCACCUCGACAGAAAGCGCUACAGCGCAAGUCACUUUCUCUAGACCACACCCUCGCUGGCCACGCCCAACGCAACCUCAAAAUCUGGGAAUCGGAGGGCGAAAGUGUCGGAUCUACACCAGCCGGUAGCCUGCUGAGUCUGGGUGGUUAUGGAUACGAUACGGACUCUUCAAUGCCAGAUUCUGAAUACAGGUACGGUGGCAUCACCAGAGAGCGCAGCAGACACUAUCGCCCUCCCAGUGCCAUGACGACGGAUAGCGAGGCGGGGGCGUUCUCAUCGCGGGAAGGGAGUGUCGACCCCGGUGGAAGCGCAGAGAGUGUUCCCCUCGCAACGCAACACCAGAAAAAGACCUUCAAAGACAAGCUCAAGUUGCUCCGACGUACCAAGAGCAUCGACGUGUCGACGGGGCGCAAGGUGGGGGCGGCAGAAGAGUCCCCGUACUCGAAGGCUGCCAAGGCCGAGAAGGAGCAGAGCCUAAGGUCCAAGAUAUCGAAGGUGCUCAAGAAGCCCCUGGGGCGGAGCGCCAGCCUCGAAGCACAGAAGCCCGCCCCGGCACUCCCGCCAAAGGGGGUGGUGCCAGACGUCGUGCCCACCAGACCCACGGCACAGAAACCCCUGUCAUCGAGCAGAGGAGAUCUCAGCACGUCCAGUGGCAAAUCUCCAGCAGCAUCUCAGCAGCAAAGCAAGAAAUACACGAAAUCAUCGAAGGCGGGGGUGGAAACACCAGUGUGAUCAUCUUCCAAUUCCCGUCGCCCCUUGUAAACAAUAAAAAGCCCC